AUGGGUCACACAGCUAGCACCAACAGAUGGCAACCUCGCAUUUCGGAGACGACUCUGGAUGAAGAGCCUGAACGAACCGCUGCAGCAAGUCGUGGAAGCUACGCACCAGCACAAGCGGUAGCGACGACUCGUGGAAGACCAGACAUGGCCUUUAUAUCGACGAAUGAUGGAGUGCCCAAGCCCAUCGGUCUUCCAGAACUACAACAAUCAAGCACAAUUACGAACCACGUGAACCUGAACAAGUCCAGUCUGAAGCUGGAACGGUCGAUUACAGAACCGUCACAGUACGCACUGACAUUCAAAUUUGACGCGACUAAAGCCUGUCGGAUCAGUGUGUACGUCGUGGCAGCUGAGGUCGUUGAAGCUGGAACUGGCAACUUGAGUUACGCUCUGGCUUGUGCGGAUAACAUCCCGAUUCUGACUCAGCACUUCUCUCACGGAAUGAGGCAGACUUUUGUGCUCAAAGGUGGAGAGAAGGAAGAGCAGACACUUACAAAGGACCGUGAGAAGCUUGAGCAUCCAGGGUCGUUCUUGGACUUGUCAGGCUAUGACGCUGAUGAUCUGGUGUACAAGGCUGACGAGAGACAAUUUCCAUUAAUUAUCACGCUUGAAGUAGUGUCAGACGGUACAUCCAUCCAGUCCCAGUCAACUUUCUGCUCAUUUUUUCGGACCGCUGAAGACGACUGGGAUGUCAGGGUGCUCAAGCAGAAAGUUCUGGUCGAUGGGCUGACGUACGAAGUGCAGGAGAUUUAUGGCAUCAGUGCAUCGGUAAACAUAGCUCCCGAAACUAAGCGAAGCGAUAAAGCGGAGGACGAUCAUGUUGCCAUAAGUCCAUCGACUGGAGCUGGGAUCGGACCGUCUCAAGAAGCCGAAUGCAUCAUUUGUUUGUGUGAACCGCGCGAUACUAUCAUUCUACCCUGCCGUCACAUGUGUCUCUGCAGCGGCUGUGCAGAAACACUAAGCAAGAGGUGUAGCAUGUGCCCAGUUUGUAGAACGCGGGUCGAGGCGAUGUUGCAUAUGCGCAAUGAAGGACAGGAGACGCUGAACUUGAGUAGCGAAUGCUCUGUUCAAGGUAAUCGACGCCGGAUGUUGUAA